AGUCGGCGCACUUCCAGAGCAGGCUCGGUCGGUAGGGUUAGUGUGGCCGAGCACAGGGGCUCCACCCAGCCAAUUCUAAAGAACUACGCCCGGGUUACCCUGCAAGUGAAUGGCGAGGAGGAGCCCGACAAAAUUUUCGAUGUGAUAGCCGAGCACAUGGACGGUCUGGUGAAGAAUCGCAAGAAGAUCCAAAUCGGUCGAUAGAUUCGUCUCCUUGGAGACCUUAGACAUUUAAAUCAAGUGGGAGUCCCAGUGGAAAGCUUCUCACUGAACAUAUUCAAAAGGGGAGCAAAAUCCGAAAGCUUGCUCGGUCCGAAAGCGAAAAGCUUUGCGCCAAAGCUUGAGCUGCGCAGCGCCGCGCGUACUGAAACCGUUAGCCGAAACCGUCCGAACCAAAGCGUUCCGGAGCGAAAGCCUUUUCAUUCAGAUUCAGAUACAUCGAGUCCGAUUCAGAUUCGGAUUCCGAGUCACUCUCAACAGACGCAGCACUCGGCACGGAGCACGGCGGUGGUGGAAAAAACGGAUUUGUUUUGGCCACUUGCGAAAAAUCGAGCACAACAUCUCGCGGACGGAAAAUCGCGCAAUUCCUUCAUCCAACGGCCCGCAGAAGCAGCGAAUACACCUAGUAUACAUCAUCAUGACUGAUAUUCCCAUCAUCUGGAUCUUGGGCGGACCCGGCUGCGGCAAGGGCACGCAGUGCGCCAAAAUCGUGGAAAAAUACGGAUUCACACAUCUGAGCAGCGGAGAUCUGCUGCGCAAUGAGGUGGCUUCCGGAUCGGACAAGGGUCGCAAGUUGCAGGCGAUCAUGGCCAGCGGAGGGCUGGUGUCCAACGAGGAGGUCCUCUCGCUCCUGAACGACGCCAUCGUGCGGUCCAAGGGCAACUCCAAGGGCUUCCUCAUCGACGGCUAUCCCAGGGAGAAAAACCAGGGCGUUGAGUUCGAGAUCCGCGUGGCUCCCGCAGACCUGGCGCUGUACUUCGACUGCUCGGAGGAGACCAUGCUGAAGCGCAUCAUGGCCCGCGCCGCUGCCGCAGCGGUCCAGAGGGCCGACGACAACGAAAAGACCAUUAGGCAACGCCUGAAGACCUUCAAGAACAACACUAACGACAUCCUGGAACUGUAUAACGAAAAGACCCUGACGAUCAACGCCGAGCGCGACGUGGACGACAUCUUCUUGGAGGUCUGCCAGGCCAUCGACUGCGUGCUGAAGAAGAAGGCCAAGCAGGUGGCCGCCCAGUGCUAAUAGCUGGAUGGCGAGGAAACUGGUACCAAAGUUAGCAACGCAACCAAAAUUUGUAUGCACUUAUUAGCGCAAAUCUCAAAGCCGAGCACAAUGAAAGCGAAACACCAAAUAAAUUAGUCCUAAAUCUAUGUAAUGUUAACCAGCUGGAUGGCGUUUUCCCAAAAUCUAUGGCAAGCAAUAUUCAUCUAGUGCUUUAAAUAAAUUUACACUUACAAUGGAAUAAAUGUUCUCUCCGUCCAA